GGGUUGAGUUGGGAGGGGGGAGCAUCAUCAUCUCGUGCACCACAGCCUGCUCGCGCUCAAGGGAAUCAGGAUCUAAGCGGGCCUCCGUAGUCGCUUUUCUACAGUGGGCGGGGCCAAGAGCGGGGUGACCCUGCCGGAGCCCCGGUUGCCAGCGACAUGUUCAAGGUAAUUCAGAGAUGUGUGGGGCCAGCCAGCCUGAGCCUGCUCACCUUCAGGGUCUAUGCAGCACCCAAAAAGGACUCACCUCACAAAAGUUACAUGAAGGUUGACGAGCUUUCACUCUACUCAGUUCCUGAGGGUCAAUCUAAAUACGUGGAGGAGCCAAGGACUCAACUUGAAGAAAACAUCUCCCAACUCCGACAUCAGUGUGAGCCAUAUACAAGUUGGUGUCAGGAAAUAUACUCCCAAACUAAACCCAGAGUGGAGCGCUUUGUCCAGUGGGGAUUAGACAACUAUGACUAUUUCCAAAAUGCACCUCCUGGAUUUUUCCCAAGACUUGGUGUUAUUGGUUUUGCUGGUUUUAUUGGACUCAUUUUUGCUAGAGGUUCAAAACUAAAGAAGCUGGUGUAUCCUCCUUUUUUCAUGGGAUUAGGUGCCUCUAUCUAUUACCCACAACAAGCCAUUGCCUUUGCCCAGGUCAGCGGGGAGAAGUUAUAUGACUGGGGAUUACAAGGGUACAUAAUUGUGGAAGAUUUGUGGAAGGAACAUUUUCAGAAGCCAGGAAAUGUGAAGAAUUCACCUGGAAAUAAGUAGAAAACUCCAUGCUCUGCCCAUUGUAAUCAGUUAUAGGUAAACAUUGGAAACUCCAGACGGUAAAUCAGUAUUUCUACAGACAAAUGGCAGAGAGUCAGUAUUGGAUAUAGUAAACUGGCUUUCUUCAGGAAAAACAACACUAAGCCUCUUUGCUAUCUUGGGUGAUGCCAUAUUCUAGACCAACUAAUCUACAAUCAUUCAUUUGGAAAUAAUGUACAAGCCUUAGAACUCCUCAUUCUUAUAUCACUAUUUAUGUAUGUAAUUAAAAUCCAGAUUCAAACAGA